UAUUGUUUGCUACACUACCGCCUUCUAAAGUAAAAAACUUUAGGAGGGUUAUAACCGAGUAUCGUCACUUCGUUUUGUAUUAAUUGUCCAUGUGAAUUUGUCUUGUUUUGAAGUGAAUUUACUCCAUUGUGUUGUCUAGUGUACAUACUUUUCAUUAAAUGCACGAAUAAAUCAUUCAACUUUCGUGGUAUUCGUAGAAAAAUCGUUGAUGCACUAUCGUGUAUCCUUAAUACACGACAUUCAAUCAAGAAUUUCGAAAUAUGGCUGCUGCUGCUGCUGCUGCUUUGCUCGAUGAGCUUAUGGGAAGAAACAGAAAUGUUCUUCCCAACGAGAAGCCUAAAGAACUUAAUUGGGAAGAUCCAGAGUUUUGUAAAUUGUAUUUAGUCAAAUUUUGCCCCCACGAUUUGUUUGUUAAUACGAGAGCCGAUUUGGGCGCGUGUUCCCGGGUACACGAUGACGAGGCCAGAGAAUUGUUUGAAAAAGCGCCAUAUUCGUACCGAAAACAACAAUACGAAGAUGAAUUUAUUAGGUUUUGUCAAAGCAUGUUGAAUGAAGUUGAAAGGAAGAUAAUCAAAGGGAAGCAACGGUUAGCUCUUAUUGGAAGAACAGAAGCGCCUACUUUAACACCAGCACAAACUCAGAGAAACGAAGAACAAAUUGCACUUUUAACCGAAAAGAUUAACAAGUUGGUAGAAGAAGCAGAACAAAGUGGGAUACAAGGCAAUGUUGAACAGGCUCAAGGUUUGAUGAGACUAUGCGAUCAGUUGAAAGAAGAACGAGAAACGUUAAGAAAAUCUAAUGAUAAUAGUCACUAUAAUCAGACCGCUGAAUUGGCUGCUGCACAAGAAAAACAAAUGGAAGUGUGUGAUGUUUGUGGUGCAUUUCUCAUUGUGGGAGAUGCUCAACAACGAAUCGACGAUCAUUUAAUGGGGAAACAGCACGUUGGAUACGCCAGAUUAAAGAGUGCCCUUCAAGAGAUUAUGAGUAAACGUGAAAAGGCUAGAGACGAGAAGGAACAAAGAAGAGAAGAAGAUAGAAAACAAAGAGCACGCGCUAAUGAAGAUCUUGAUAGGCGAAGAAGAGACGACAGAGAUCGGGAUCGAGAAAGGGAUAAACGUCGCAGACGCGAUGACGAUAAAGAAAUUCUGGACAUAGAAGCAGAAGCAGGUCAAGAGAUAAACAUGACAAGCAUCGAGAUGAUGAUCAUCGACGUCAUGCUCGCGAUAAAGGAAAUCGUGAUCAUCGUAGCUCGAGUCACCAUAAUCGACGCCGCCAUCGAUCUAGAAGUCGAAGUCACAAGUAACUACUCUUGAUUGGUUAGUGAGUGAGAACUAAGCCAGACAGAAGAUAUGCCAUGGGGAUGUAACCACUACACGGACUCACUUGCACACUGCUUAAUAUAAUAUUAAGGUAAAGAUUUUGCAUAAUCUAAAAAAAUCCAACAAAUCAAAUUUUAUUCACUUGCGUUUGAAUUCAUUUUUACUGCAUUGCGCUAUCUCGAAUUUAAUUACAAAAGUCAAGAAUUAAAAAUUUAAUAUAAAGUAUUGUUAUCAGUGUUAUAUCAUGAAAUCAAGAAACAGUUCAAACGAUUUAUUAGCAAUUCAUUCGUAUUUGAUGCAAAUGUUACUUUGGAUUUUCUACAUAUUAAAAAAAAGACAUCAAAGUAAAUUAUCUAUAAUUUGCAUUGUAAUAUUCAUAAGAUUGUUAAUUGGAAUUAAUAAAACAGUACUGCAUUGAAGAUAUCAGGUUAUUUAAAAAAAAAAAGACACAAACAUUUUUAAAACAGUCAGAGUUAUAUACAACUUAACAAGACCAUCUGACACUGUACAAUCUCUAACAGAUUAUAAAAUUUAUUACAUAAGUAUACAUGUAUAUAUAUGUAUUAAUAAUACAUUAUUGAGCGAUAGAAUAUUCUAUCUAAAUACUGUACAUAGUAGUAAUAUUUGCUAUAAUACAAUUAUCUGCUAAUAAUCAAAUUAUCUUUGUACAAAUUAAAAUACUGUACAUCAAGUGUAAAUAUUUGUAUUGGUUGAAUGACUUUGAUUCUCUCGUGCGUAUUUAAUUCCCUCACUUCAUGUCAACAGAUGCCAAAAAGUUAAAAUAAUUAGACGGCAGCAAUUUUAUUUAAGUCCAAUAGUUUUUGUAACCUGAAAAUAAUAUAUUAUUUAAUUACUUAGUGUGAUUUGUUUUAGAAUUAUCUAGACAAUAAAAAAAAACUUAAAGGUUUGACAAAUUUGCUACCUCUUCGUAUACAGUCCAAGCCAUUGCAGUCACUAAUGUCCUUCUCAACAUUCUUGGAACAAUGCCUUUAAAAUACCCUAAUACACCGUAUUUUUCAUAAAUCCUCAAUACAGAAUUACGAACACCAUUAAAUUCAUUUGGAUACAGUUGUAUUUUCGUUUUAAUCACAUCUGCCGGUUGUGUUAUAAUAGAAGCAAAUAUUCCUGCUAGUAUUCCACAACUAAAAUGAACUGGAACUAAGGAUUUAUCGCAGAGCGAAUCUAAAAGUAUGAUUAAGUAAGUUAAAAAUAUUGAAUGACAGAGACAGAAAAAAAAUUUGAUUUUCCAUUUGAUCAAAGUUACCUGCUUCUAUAGCUAUACUUUUUAAUUGAGUAUAAAACAUAAGAUAAAGACCACUGAAAGGGGCGUCUCUUAAUAAUGUCGGUACUAAUCCGCGUGAAAGACCUCUUACUCCUUCCUGCUGAUAAAUUAAUUUCAGUGCUUCUCCUACACUAUUAUAUUUAUAAAUGUCGCUCUGUAAAAUGAAAACCAAACUGAAUCAUGUAUUUUCAUAGAAUUUGUAUUAAGUAGAAUAUUCUAGGUUUAUCAAUAUCAAUAUUUUUACAUCUUAUUUCAUUUGCUGUGCAUCUUUUUUUAUGACAUAAUAUUCCAUACAAUAUAAAAGAUGUAAAUAUAUUUAUAAUUGUUAUACGUACUUCAAAACGCGUUUUCACCACUGUUAUUGGAAUUAAUAAAACUCCAGACAUAGAUCUUGCUGUAAUACCUAGUAAUGUAGCUUCUAUAGGUGUGAGUGGAUCUUCUAGUUGCAAAGUGUGUUUUAACCAAUGUAACGAUGAAAAAUAUAAUCCAACACCAGGAACAACUCUGGUGAUAGACUGAAAGAAAAAGAAAUCUCAAUUCAUGCUCCUUUCCGAUUUUAUUUAAAUUCAAUAAUUGCCAUAGUUUACCGGAGUUAUACCCCUCCAGAGUCCAAACACAUUUUCUUUUUUAACUAUAUGAAUGAUCGUUCCUAAAGUACCACUUCUUGAAGCACUAAUUGAAAAGUAGGUAAUAAAAACAUAAGUGAAAAUAUAAUUUUAUUG